AACAAACAAAACAAAACAAAACAACAAACAAGCUGAUGGCUCCAUCUGCCGUGGAUUGAAAUUCUUUUUCGGUUUCAUGAUGAUAACGGUUACUGGUGUAUGAUCGAUCAUUAAUCCAUGUGGCGAUGGCAACAUGUUGAUGUUUGUUUGUUUGUACAAAAGUAUACUAUAAUAUUAUUGAAAUGAUGAUUGCAAUCGGUAACAUAAACAUGGAUAAUCACCACGGUAAUUUGUCGGUUUAUCCAGUAAUGACAAUGAUGACAAUGACAACAAUAACAACAUAUAACAAGCUAAGCACAAUCAACAAUUCGACCAUUCACUAGCCUAAUCAUGAUGCUGAUGACUACAACAUUUUCAAUAUUGAUCAUCACAGUUGGAUCAAGUGUUUGCAUAGAAAAUGAAUCCACGUUACGACCGUUGAAUAAAUCCGAAUCUAAUGCAACGACAAGAACGAUGAUUGAUGAUGGGUCAAUGUUUAGUACAAAUAUUCUUAAUAUUGGCAACGAAAUAAAUUAUCUGCUGUCUAGUGUGUCGAAUGAAUGCCGUGAAUCAAUCAUCACUUGUGAACGUCAUUGUUAUGCCAAUUAUGUGGAUCGUUAUGAAGAUCUAAGUCACCAAGUGAUAAACGAGGAUAUUUCAUCUGAAUUUGACCGAAAAGUAUGCUGUUCAAUGUGGGAUUGGUUUGAUUGCACGCGCUCACGGAUUCAGCAGCGAUGUAUGAGUACGGAUGUGGACUUGUUCGAACAAUCCUUGCUCGAUUCAUACAUACAUUCAUCCUACUGCAAAGGAUAUGAGUACGGUUCAUAUUAUUGUUGGCCAUUACCAUUGUGGCUCUACAUUCUCUUUACAUCGAUGGCAUUUGCCAUGUUGACAUUGGGCACCGUAGCCAUUGUAUGGUAUUGGCGUCAUGGCUUCAGCUGCCAUCACAGGGACCAACAGUUAAAACAGGUUCACCACGAUUAUCGACGACGACGACGACGACGACAAUCUUCAAUGGAUUUCUACGAUUGAUUAUCGAUUAUCGAUUGAUUGGGAUUGAUAAAAUUAAAUUUAUUUGGAGUUUUGAUUGAUUGAUUGA